AUGCUUCCAUCUUCAGUAUAUGGACAAUUGAGUGAUCCGUUGGUGCAGGCAGCAGCGGCAGCCUUGGCAUCCGCCGGAACGGAUUCAGUCAUAGGAAGUCGUGACACAAUGUUCACGAAAAUCUUCGUCGGUGGUCUACCGUAUCACACCAGUGACAAGACCCUCCACGAAUAUUUCGAACAGUUUGGUAAAUCAAAUGAAAAUCGUGGACAAGUGCGACGCGCUUGUAAAGACCCGAAUCCGAUCAUCGACGGACGGAAAGCAAACGUCAAUUUGGCCUACCUAGGCGCAAAACCACGUACCAAUGUUCAACUCGCCGGUAGGUAUACCUUCUGUCUACUAUUAAAUUAG